AGGGAUAGGGGAAGAGAGUGAGUGAACUUGAAGAAAGUGUGGAGUAUGUUAUCUGUGAAGAGUUUGAAGUACCAGUUCAUUGAAAUUGAGUGGUUAAAUCACACUUCACUGGAGUGAAGCGUUCAUUUGAACGACUCAUUCACGAGCUCCCCAUCACUAAUCGAAAAUUCUGUGGCCGAUGGCGACAUGGAUGAGGAACUACCAGCGCUAUAUAACGCGCUGCGGCUCCACAGAACACCGUCAUCUUUUGGCUGAUUCGGUGGCAGCAAGAUAUCACAGCAAAACCUCCGAGAUAAGCGCGAUGACAUUUUUGUUAUUAGUGCUGGGUGUCACCGCCUUGAGUGAAGGAAGGAGUGUUGUGUUCGAGAACAGACGCAGAGAUACUGUGUGGGUGGGCACCCUUGGCGGUGCUGAAAGGGGAACUCCCAAAGGAGGCGGUUGGGAGAUGCGCCCUGGUUCUUCGGUCACCAUCGACAUGGGCGAUCGAUGGGAAGGCCGCUUCUGGGGUCGCACUGGCUGCUUAUUCGAUGGCUACGGACAUGGCAGAUGCCAGACGGGAGACUGUGGCAGGAGGCUGCAGUGUAACGGCACCGGCGGCCAGCCUCCUGUAACGUAUGCAGAAGUCGUCCUGGCUGGGUGGGGCAGUCAGGACUUCUACAGCAUCAGUCUUGUUGAUGGCUUCAAUAUCCCCAUCACGAUAGAGCCCAUCGACAAGCAAGGUGGCGGCGACCGCUACCGCUGCAACCCCGCAUCCUGCCCCACCGACAUAAACGCGCUGUGCCCUUCCAAGCUCCGCUCUGACGGCGGCUGCAAGAGCGCGUGCCUCGCCUUCAACACAGACCAGUACUGCUGCCGCGGCCGCUUCAACUCGGCACGAGCCUGCAGGUCCUCCUCGUGGCCAAGGAACUACCCCGCCUUCUUCAAGGGCCUGUGUCCCGACACCUACAGCUACCCCUACGACGACGACCGGAGCACCUUCACUUGCGAAAAAACAGCCUACAGGAUCAUCUUUAGUUGAUUCACUUUCCUUCAUCAACCCAGGCUUUUAACAAUCUGCUGCAGCACAUUUUUGUAAUAAAUGAAUAAACAAAUAAAGUAGAUAUAAGUUCA